GAAUGGACAGUAUUUGCAUGGAAUAAUUGACGAGAUGACCAGUACGCAUAAUAAUGUGCAAAAAAUAUACGAAGCCGUUUCGCUUUCAAAGAGAACCAGUUUCAUCUGAGAAAAACUCGAUUAUCCUUCGACGUUGGAGAUUUUGCGAAAUUGUGAUCCGACGCAGAGCCGCGAACGAACGGUGCGAUGUCGGUCGUGUUGCGGCAUUUUAGGUGGAAAUAGUUGAAAGGUUAUCCAAUCUUAUUAUUUGUUUAAAUUUAUUUGUUGUAGCGGUUCAGUUGUGAGAGAUUUGUUGAACAAUGACGUCCCCGAUUGGAAAGACAGUUUUAUAUUCGUACUGGAGAAGCUCCUGCACUUGGAGAGUUCGAAUAGCCUUGAAUUUGAAAGAAAUCCCCUACGAGAUCAAACCGGUUUCUUUGAUAAAAGCUGGAGGGGAGCAACACAGCAAUGAAUACAGGGAAAUCAAUCCGAUGGAACAGGUCCCUGCUUUGCAUAUUGAUGGUGCAACCCUCAUAGAAUCGCUAAAUAUUUUGCAGUACUUGGAAGAAACCAGACCCCACAGGCCUCUGAUGCCUAACGAUUGCAUCAAAAGAGCCAAGGUAAGAGAAAUUUGCGAAGUGAUAGCCUCGAGCAUACAACCCCUUCAGAAUUUGACUGUUCUUAUAAUGGUGGGCGAGGAGAAAAAAGACGAAUGGGCGAAACAUUGGAUCAAAAGGGGUUUCAAAGCAGUGGAAAAAUUACUGGCAUCGAGCGCCGGCAAGUACUGCGUCGGUGAUGAAAUCACCAUCGCCGACUGUUGUCUCGUUCCGCAAGUUUUCAAUGCUAGAAGAUUCCACGUCGACCUCAGGCCUUAUCCCAUAAUUUUACGAAUCGAUAGAGAACUCGAGAACCACCCGGCUUUUAGAGCCGCCCAUCCGAGUAACCAGCCCGAUUGUCCACCGGAGGCAGUCAAAUAAAAAUGACAAGAGAGCAAAAAUCAAAUUAAUUACAUUAUUUUGUUUUUGGACUCAUUGCUUAGACUUAUAUUGAGUACGUCGUUAAAAAAUGCUUUAUAAUUUUGUACAGCGUUGCGAUAUUUUAUGAAAAUAUAUUCUAAUAAUAUAAUUAUAGGUAUUCGAUUUGUAUGAAAUAGAUGGGAGCAGCUCAAAAACACUUAAGAUAGCGAAUUGUUUUGGUAAUUUACCACACAUAAUUGAGCUGCGCUCAUUCUAGAAAUAUAUAUUUUUUAAAAUUUAUCUAAUAUAAUAUUUAAUUUUAUUAUUUUAAAUUAAAUUGUAAGUAGUUUAUUUAGUUUAUAGUAAUUUCUACAAUAUAUUAUAUUUUCUACGCUAAUUACUUAAUAUAGAUUCAUUAAAAAUGAUUAUUAACUACCUCAUGAUGUGUUAAGUCUUAGUUUAUUAUAAUUUUAGUAAAGUAAAGAAGGUUUGUUUCAGACUUGGUUUUGUACAUUUUAGUUUUAUUAAAUUUUAGCCUAAAUUGGUGGUACAACCGAAACCCGCAAAAAUAUACAGGCUGUUCCAUAAUGACAUGUUAAUAUUUAAGGGGGUCAUUAUUGGACCCAUUUAAAA